AUGGAUUUCUGCAACCCUGAAUGCAGUAAUAGCACGAAGACAGUAAAAGAAGAGAAGGAAGACGAAUGCAGUGGUUCACCACUUACUCAUCUUUUCGUUGAAUUAACGUCUCUGGAGGAAUUAAGCUUUCCAACGAGUUCAUCUACUCGAAUUAAGUAUACCUGUUUGGAUGUGUCUACUCAUUACUUAGCCGUUGGGUCGACAAGUGGAACAGUUUACUUAUUUACAAGGUUUGCUUCGAAAUAUCGGAAUCGCAUAAGCUCUGUUCCAAUACAAGUUAUUUCCAUCAAGGAUGGACCUGUUAUCAAGUUAUCUAUAUCACCCAAUGAGAAAUAUUUGGCAGCGGCAAGCAAACAGGGCUCCCUGACAAUUACUGUCCUUGUCGACAUUGGCCAAAAUCCUAUUACGUUUUUUUCUAGCGAAAGUCAUGUUGGUACAGAUGAAUAUGGUCAGCCAACUCAUGUCACGGAAUUACGUUGGUGCAGUGAUAGUUCCAAAGUAUAUGCUGGAGACACAAAAGGACGAAUUAGUCGGACUCUGAUUCAUAACCGCAACUUUUUUCGCUCACCAACUGAUAUUAUAUUUGAAACAGACAGUGAAAUUGUUCAGUUUGAUUUACGUGAUGAUUUUCUGCUUGCCUCUACUUUAACACGGUGCUGUGUUUGUGAUUUGAGAACUCACAGUUGUAUUCAGGUCGGAAAAAGGUUACGGAAAGGUCAUUUUGGCGCUGUAUUCUAUUCUAACCAAAAGAAAAGGAAAUCAUGGUAUGGAGAAGAAAGUAAUUGCGUGAAACCGAUGAGUACAAAUACAUGUAACGAGUUGACAGUAAUUUUCGCAAGUCGUCCUAACGGUCGACUGUGGGAAGCUAACGAUCGCGGUGUAGUAUACAGCACUCAUCACUACCGAAAUUUGAGAACUGUUUGUCGAUUUCCUGUGGUCUCCUUCAGGGACGAAAACUUAUUUGACAGCGUGGCUAAUGUUAAUGAAAUUCGGAGUAUCAAUUUCGGACUUUUGACAUUGAUCAAAUGUCAAAAUAGUUUAUUUUUGAUAACGAAAACAGAUACAACGUUUUGUUUAAUCGAUCCUAUGGACAGUCAUGUGGUUCUUAUGAGCACAGUGGAUUGUUUAGGUUCAAUAAAUGAGUAUGCAAUAAAUGAUGCUGAUGUCUUUCUCUUAUCGGAAACAGGUAGUUUACGAAAGUUAACGUUGUUUACGAUUGAGAAAGCUGUAGAAAAACUUCAUUGGAGGCAGUGUUAUUCGCAGGCUGCACAAUUAAUUUACAUUGAUUAUAUCAUGAACAAGGGUUACAACUCAGUCACUGUAUGGAAUUGCAAGCAGCUGGAGGAUAUCCUCAACAAAAUAACAUUUCAUCACUUUAAAUCAUACAUGACACAUGAAGUGCUUAAUGCUUUGCAUAAAAUUUUGGAUGAAUUAAAAACAAAUGUUGAUAUUGAGAGGAAACCAAAAGCAGCACCUCAUCAGCUCAAUUCAGAUAUUCAUCGCGUCGUUCAAGUUAUGCAAAAUAGUGGUUAUGGAGAUGAUUUCGCUUUUAGAGCACUGUCACCUCUGCGAUUAAGGAGCAAAAGUUCUCUGCGUAUCAAAGUGUAUGAUUAUAUAAAUUAUCCAAAAUUUUGUUGA